AUGACAGAUCCAGCCAGCGCGGCUGUGGAUUCAGCCGCGGCCUCAAAUGGUGUCUCGAAUGGCAAGAAGACAAAUCAGCUCGCCGACCUGGACCGCUUCAACCCGCUACGCUCCUCCACAGACAACGAAGACGAUGAUGAUGAUCACGACGAUCUCCGCCCGCUGGACGACUCGGAGCUCAGUUCGGCCAGCUACCUCGCGCGGCUCGCCGGUGUAGCCUGCCUGCUAGGGCUGCAAUUUGGGUGGGACACGGGCAUCGCAAGCGGUAUGUUGGUUGCGAUUCAUGCCGAUCUCGGCCACGACCUAAGUGAGGGCGAGCAGGAGCUCAUAGUCAGCGCCACGACUGUAGGAGCGAUUCUCGGCUCGAUAGUUGCUGGCAGGAUGGCCGACUGGCUUGGUCGCAAGAAAGUCAUGGUAGGCGCAGGGAUUCUGUUCCUCCUGGGCGCAAUGGAGCAAGCAGCGUCGCAAGUUGUCAGAGAGCUCGUUCUUGGAAGGGUACUGGUGGGACUUGGCGUUGGAAUGGCAAGCAUGGUGGUGCCCACCUAUCUGGCGGAAAUCGCACCGACCAAGGUGCGCGGGAGAAUCAUCGGCAUCAAUAGUCUCCUCAUCACCGGUGGUCAGGUGAUCGCAUACCUCAUUGACGCUGCAUUCUACAAUCUUCCUCAUGGAUGGAGAUGGAUGGUCUUGGCUGGUGGAGUACCUGCUAUCUUCCAGUUGAUCGGCAUGAUCUAUCUGGACGAGUCCCCACGCUGGCUGGUUGCACGAGGCCGCAUCAUCCGAGCUCGACACGUGCUGCAGCGUAUCUAUCCGCGAGCCAGCGUGCGGGCCAUCGACAACGAGAUUGAGCGGAUAGCACGCAGCAUGGAAGGCACGACACAACGCGAUGCAGUCGAUCCCGAUUCCGCACACGCUGCCGACCGUCAGGCAGAGCAGCAACCCCGGAGCGGAUCAAACGAUCUCCAAGCAACAUUAGGCAGAGUAGCUGCAGCGCCAGCACAGCUCACCUCCUCGGCACGCCAAACGACCACUGAGGUCAAGAGCAAGCUUAGUCUGCUUCUCCACCAUCAUAGGAGACCGCUGAUCAUCUGCUGUACUCUCCAAGCAGCUCAACAGCUCGUGGGAUUCAACAGUCUCAUGUAUUUUUCGGGGCGGUUAUUGCUUAUGGCUGGCUUCGUGCUCAAUCCGAACGCAGCCGCUGUCGGCAUUGCGAUCGCCAACUUCGUCGGCACCCUCAUCGCCAUGAGAUACAUCGACAUCUGGGGACGUCGCAAGCUGCUGCUCUACACCACCGCAGCCAUGACAUUCUUCCUCUCCCUCGUCGCAAUCGGGUUCAGUCAGAUCGAUCUGGGCCCUAUUACCGGCGGUCCUCCCACCACCACCACCACCACCACCACCACCACUCCUACCUCAGCAUGGCCCUACCUGACACUCGCCUUUAUGAUCCUCUUCACGCUGUCCUAUGCGCUCGGCCUGGGCAUCGUACCAUGGCUCAUCCAGUCCGAAAUUUUCUCCGGUCAAGUACGCGGCGUCGGCGCUGGCCUAGCAACAGCCACAAACUGGAGCACGAAUCUGUUGAUCUCAUCGACAUUCCUGCACAUGGUCAAGUGGAUUCGUCCGCAAGGAUGUUUUGGGCUGUUCAGCGUGGUGGCUGCGCUCAGUUGGGCGUUCACCUACUGGCAGCUGCCCGAGAUGGCCGGUGUCAGUCUGAGCGAUGUCGGCGGUGAGGCGGAGAGGGAGGUGUAUCGGGCUGUGCCUGCGGAGGAGGAGAGCGACUAA